AUGGCUGAAGAUCACUGUUCCAGCCGGUCUUCCGAUACAGUCAGUGGCCUUUACCGCAAUAAACCUGCUGACUAUUUCGACCAACUUGUAAAUUACACCAUGAUGCCACAACUGAAGGACGACGGCGGGGAUCCACACUGUCCCAUAAACGGGAGACUUAAAGGUGUGUUCUUCGGGGUGACCCUUUGGAACGGUCGUCCACCAACUAAAUCUCCAUUCGGAGACACCAGAGUUGUGGUUCCCCUGGAGAGACUCUUUGAUGACUCUGCCAGGCUGUACUUUGCCGAUUUCUACUGUAUGCGUCGUCAAAGGGAUAAUCACUACGUCCUAUUAGUCCUUACAAAGCCUGAUACAAAAGCUGACCGCUUUUGUCAGAAGCACCUCAUUCGUUUGGAUGAACGAACCAACGUGUUUCUGAGGAAGGAAGAAAGCACCUACAAAACUCUCCGGCGGGACAAAGUAUGGGUUGAAGUCUUCUUUACAGAUGAAGUGGACAUAAGAGGACUGGUACUGAGAGAAACUGAAGUCUUCGGCGAUGGUACAAGCCACUCAGGAGGCAUACCUAAAAAUGUUUGUUACAUAUGCAAUGUGUAA